AUGUCUGCCGCGGCAGAGGGUCCUGCCCAGAAGAAGCGGAAGUUCGCAGAUGUUGAGCAGGACAACCUGCCCGAAUGGCUGGCUGCGCAAUUGGAAGGAGUUUGCACCGAGCAUCAGAGGACGGCAGUCCGGCAGUGGUUCGCCAGUUAUGGCAAGCAAGACGUGGCAACCAUGCAGGUGCAAGUUUUAGAUCUUGCCGUUGGCAAAAUCUUCCCCAACGUGCCAGAGUCGGACCGAGUGCGCAUAGUGUCGGCGCUGCACAACGCAACGCGCCCUGCUCCACCGGAACCCGUCGACAAAGAUGGCUUGACAACGAUCACGCGUGACUUUUAUGAGAGCAGCGUCUUCAUGCGUCAGGCACUCCUUGAUCCCAAUCUCAGUGCUUUCGAUCAGACUACCGGCCAUGGAACCGAAGACAUCCCCCAACCUGUGAAGGCAAAAAUCAGGACGAGGUAUGGCAACAAAUGUGCCUUCUGUGGCUUGUCAGAGACUCUUCUUACAUCGCCACAGAAGCCUCGCAAACUCUCUUGCGCCCACCUGUCGCCACGCCCACAGAAUUUCAAUCAGGGCUUCAGAGGCGAGUUUCGAGUGACCUCCGAGCGCAACUUUCUAUUGCUUUGCGGAGCUCAUGGCAAGAAAGAUUCUUGUCACGAUGGCUUCGAUUCUCACAAGCUUGCGCUUUUACCAGCUUGCUUUGGGCAACCGUGGACAGUGCUCAGUUGCUACGGGUCCAGAAGAGAAGAGGGCCACGGGCCACAACUGCAGCAACCAGCAUUUCGGAAUUUUUCCGAACACAUGCUGUACUACCGUGCGCUCGCAACACGUCUACACAAGUUCUAUGUGGAGAAUGCAAAAGCCUGCGAGCAGAUGCCGAACUUCGGGGCUAUGGUCAGCGGGAUCAGAGAUGUUUCGUUAGCUGAGAGCCGUAGAGGGACGCGGGACAGGUCGGCUUUGUCAUCGGAUUGCGUCCUAUCUGACCUUUCUCCUUCCGCAUCGGCUGUGGAACCGCAUGCGCUGCAACGAGUCGAUGACACUUCUGUGCUUCAGACCUCAACUCCUGUGGUGGUGCCACCGCGCUGGCCAAAGCCAAAGGUGGUUCCGCCGCGACAAUCCCAAUAA